UAGCAACAACAGGUUUGUAAAGGCCACGGUUUCCAAGGGUGCAUUAUUGCUUUAUGCUUUUGUUCCUCAAUCCAGAGCUUCAAUUAUUCAAGAUUACUGCGAUCUACGAUCAAAUUAUCAUCUGUGAAGCGUGCUUCAGGAAGUUCCACACUCACAAUUAGUUGUCAAAGAUGGCAGCAUCAAAACUGCGGUUGGCACUCAUCCAGCUAAGUGUAGGCAUGAAGAAAGCAGAGAAUAUAUCAAGGGCUCUUCAGAAAGUGAAGGAAGCUGCAGGAAAUGGUGCUGAAGUCGUGGCUCUUCCAGAGUGUUUCAACUCCCCAUAUGGCACCAGCUAUUUUCCUGAGUAUGCAGAACCAAUACCUGGUGAAAGCACUAAUGCUUUGAGCUCUGCAGCAAAAGAGCAUGGCAUUUUCAUUGUUGGAGGGUCUAUUCCAGAGCGAGAUGGUGAUAAAUUGUAUAAUACUUGCACUGUCUGGAAUCCUGAAGGACAAAUGGUAGCAAAACAUAGGAAGAUACACUUGUUUGAUAUAGAUGUUCCUGGUGGAAUAACAUUUCGUGAAUCUGACAGCUUGACCUCUGGAAACCAACUGACAACAUUUGAUCUUCCCCAAUGUAAAGUUGGUAUCGGCAUUUGCUAUGAUAUCCGUUUUGCUGAGCUAGCACAACUCUAUGGCAAACUGGGUUGCAAGUUACUAUUGUAUCCAGGUGCUUUCAAUAUGACUACCGGUCCAGUCCACUGGGAAUUAUUGCAGCGAGGGCGGGCUUUGGAUAACCAGUUGUAUGUAGGAACAAUUUCACCUGCGCGAGAUGUAGAUUCAAAUUAUGUUGCCUGGGGACACACAACUAUGGUCAGUCCUUGGGGAGAAGUAAUUGCAACUACAGAACAUGAAGAAACAGUUGUCUAUUCUGACAUUGAUCUUGACUAUGUGGAGAAAGUGAGGCAAAUGGUACCAAUACUCAAGCAAAAAAGAACAGACGUAUAUGAUGUUGUUCAAAAGUCAUAGGUAGCAAAUGGCCUUAUAGAUUCAGAGCUCCAGCUUAUGAAUAGCCUUUCUAUUUUGAUAAUGUUGCAAAGUAUAAUAUUUACCAUCAAUUCUGCUGAUUCCUUUAUAUUAUUUACUGCAUUUUAAUUUGCUCUUUUUUUUUUGUAGACUUUUAAUUGCAUUUCAAUGUGACUAACUUUCUGGGUGUUGUAAAAAUGGAUAUAUUUCUUAUAUAUAUAUCUUUAUACAUAAAAUUGUAUAUUUAGUUUGUGUGUGAUUGGUAGUCAAAAUGAAGUUAUUUCUUUUCACAAUGGUAUCUGUUGUUUAUUUUUGAAGAUAAACAAAAGACGAACCUU